UUAAACAAAAUGGCUGAGUUGCUUUGAAUGUUAUUGACUUUUGGAAAGGAAAGUUUAUUUUAUGUACGUAUUGUAAAACACUUCAUUUAAAAUGGUAUUUGAAUUACGUCCUUGUGAAAUUACAAAGAAGAACUGAUUUCAUAGAUACAAUUUUCUGUGUUUUCCACACUCAAACAAUGUCUAAGAAGGAUCCAAAUGAUCGGAACGAGAGAAAGUUGGACUCUGGUGAUUACGAGAACCUUAUAUCUCAACACAGUAUUUUCGAAUCAUCGAAGCCUAGGCAUCAAGAACUUCCAAGUUUUCCAGGUUUUUCUAACGCUGAAACUCAAACAAAACCUAGUGACUUAAAAACUCAGGGGCUCCAAAGUAGCCUUGGAGCAUGGCACUACAACCCCUGGUGGAUGCUCGCGAGCACCUCGCGAAGUGUCCCAUCUCAAGAUGAUUACUCUGACAGUGACCAAGCUAAAGUUAAACAAGAGCCUAGCAGGGCAGGUACUCCUGACCGCGAUCCAUUACAGAAUGACGUAGAACAGUUUCAAUCUACAUCUACUCCUCCAGUAGGCCUAGACUCUUUUUGUGACGAUUGCUCAGAUCCAUUCUGUGAUUCUAGUGUGGCUGUGUGUCGUAAACUGUUUCACUGCCCACAUUGCAGAAAGAGCUAUCCUACUAUUCUUGAAUUCAACACACAUUUAACUGGAGUGCACCCAGCCCAAAAGCCGUUCAGAUGCCAAAUCUGUUUGGAACCAUUCUAUAAAAAAUCGCAUCUGCGAAGACAUUUAGACUCGCACCAUACACGUAAAGAUGUAAACAAAUGUUCAGUGUGCUCAAAAUAUAUAAAAGAUAAAAGUAACUUACGUAAACAUAUGCAAGUCCACACAGGACGAGUCCCACAGAAACAGUUUAAAUGUGACUUGUGCAACAACAAGCGCUACAUGUCUCUCGAUAGACUCAAUAAUCACAAAGUUGUAUGCACAGGAGAGAAAGUACUAAAAUACUGCGACAUGUGCACUAAAGUGUUUGACAAUUCAAGAUCCUUGAAUAGCCACAAGAAGGUGCAUGCAAGGGAACUAAAAUGUGAAGUCUGUGGUGAACAACUUCGUUCUUUAGAGCUGUUCAACAAUCACAAGAUGGUUUGUUUAGGAGGCCCACAAGAGGCUGGUAGUAGUGGUUCAGCGAACACUUCUGCAGCUCAUAUGAACCGUUGCUGCACACAGCCAGGCCUGUGUGAACAUGACAAACCAGCCUAUUUGAACAUACCUAGCUAUGCUGCUGGUCGUGUUCUCGAUGCUACUAUGCCAUCUCGAAAAUCUGAAAUGAACUGAUGAUAACAUUUAUGUCAAAACUUUACUCAUAGUAAACUCAAAUUAUUCUGAUUUCAUUUUUUACAUAUUACCAGACGGUUAAAUCAAUGACAGUAAUAAUUUACACAUUUGAGAAUUUCACAAGACUGAUGCAAAUAUCCCGCCUCACAACUUGCUUUAUUAUUACCAUUUAACAUUAGGAUGUAGCUAGUAAGUAAAUGCAGGUAGAGUAAGUUGAUUACUAUUUGAGCAUAUUUAAACAAUUGUAGCUUAAACUGCAGGAAUUAAUGUCUUUCUACAUUUGUCCCUAGUGAGGGCAAAAACAGCCAAUGCAGCUAGCAUUUCCUUAAAUCUCACAUUAACUUCUGCAGGUUAUAAAUAAAAAUGCAUCACAUCUGUUAUAUUGUGUAAUAUUGUUUACUAAAAUAUGCUCAAAUGGUUUCCCACCUUUUAUUUUGUAACAUAAUAAUUAAUAUAGUAGAAAAAUAAGUUUCCACAAAUCAGCUUUAUUUAAUAGCAAACCAGACCACUUGAUUAUUGUACUUUUAAAAAUGACAGAUAACAUUAUUUAUUAUUUGAAUGAAUUUAACAAUGCAUUGACUGAUUUAGAAUAAUAACUAUUAGCAUGCAGUAUUACAUAUAAACUUUUUUUUUAUUUUUCUAUUUUGUAAAAUCGUAAGAGCUAUAUUUUUACUAUAAUUUUUAGGGGUAUAAGUUUAAUAGCAAGUUAGUGAAGACUAACAUGAGCAAAUUCUAUUUUUCCAGUGCUCUAUUGUACAUUUUGCUCCAAAGACAUUUAAAAUGUAGUUUCAUAUGCAUAUUGUUAGGAGUGUAAUCUGAAAAUUUUCUAAAGACAACUAUAAUGAUACUUUUGUUUUUAAUGUUAGAUCUAGGCAAACUGUAAAGUGCAAUGACAUUGGCUAAGCCGUAAGCAUGUUGUAGUGGAAAGAUUUUGUUGGGUAUCAAAGCAAAGCAAAAUAUUUAUUCUUGAGGUGUUAUACACUAAAACUAUUGCUUAUAUCUAUAGGGUUAUAAUUUAGAGACUUAUUACACCUAAUAUACCUAUUAUAUUAUAAAAAAGAAUGAAAAAACUUAAUUGUAACUUUAUGUUGAUAUUGAU